AUGUCAACAAUUACCUAUAAUAUUCGAAUGAUUAUAUCAAUAGUUCAAUUAAUAUUAGUAUUUCUUGGUUUAGCUAAUAUUUUAAUAAUUCUUGUUGUAUUAAUAAGGCCAUAUAUGAGAUCAAUCACAAAUGUAUAUAUAGUAUCAUUAUGUCUUGCAGAUUUUAUUUAUCUAUCUAAUCUUGUACUUGUUGUAAGUACCCAAUAUAAUAAUCGUGAAUGGCCAUUUGGUGAAUUUUUAUGUACAACAUAUCAUGGAACUGAAACAACAGGAAAAUUUGCUUCUGUUUUAUUUGUAGUAUUAUUAGCUGGUGAUAGAUAUUUUGCCAUGUGUUUAUCACAUCUUUGUAGUAGAUAUCGUACCUAUAAAUUAGCUAUAACAGCAUCAAUAAUUGCAUGGAUAAUUGCUUUUUUAGCAGCAUCACCAUUAUACAUGUAUGCUACAGUUAUUCAAAUGAAAAAUUAUAAUGGUAAUAUACGUACAUUAUGUAUUGCUAAAUGGCCAUAUCAAGCAUUAUCACAUUAUUAUGUAGGAAUAUUAACUAUAUUAAUUUAUAUUAUUCCUUUAAUAUUAAUUGUUUAUUUUUAUUAUCAUAUAAUUCAUAAGUUACGUGAAGCAGUAAAAUCAUCAAAAAGAUUAAAACGUGCUUCAAAAACAAGAGCAUCAUAUCAUCGUGUAACAAGGCUCGUUUUAUGGGUUGUUAUAUUUCAUGUUAUUUCAUGGUCACCAUUUUGGAUGUAUAAUAUUGUAAAUUCAAUUUUUAAGUUACGUCCAACCUCACAUUUUGAUAGAAUUUUUGCAAAUAUAAUUCAUUUAUGUCCUUAUAUAAAUUGUGCUUUAAAUCCAUUUUUAUAUGCUGCUGCUGCUGAAAAUUUUCAAACUGCUUUUAAAAGUCUUAUAUGUAUUAAUGGAAUUGGAAAAAGACUAUCAAUAUUUGAAAAUGAUAAGAAUGUUUUGACAAAUGCCCUUGCUACAUCUGUCGUUCCAAAAACAAGUGAAUAUCAUAAGUUACCUGCCGCACUUAUUCCUCAGUCAGUAUUAGUUUUUACACCAAAUAAUGUUAAAGAAGGUGGAUCUGUUACAAGAACACAAUUUAAAAAAAAUGAUAAUGUAAUGGAAAAUAUUUCUAAUAAUAUGGUUACACAAUCUUUAACAAUUCCUGUUGUUCAAUUUAAUUUAUCUUCUUCUUCAACUUCUAUUUUUCCUUUAGAUGAAAUUGAUAGUAAUACUAAGGAUAUCCCAUUAGUCAUUCAUAAUACAACAUUUUUUAAUGGAAAAAAUUCACCUAAUGAUAGUAAAAAAAUAAUUUUUAAUGAUUGUGUUGUGGAACAUUAUGAUAAUGUAACAGAAAAUGAUGUUAAUGAAGAUACAUUAUCUUAUGAGGAUGAAUCUGAGACACUUGAAACAUUAAUUAAUCCUUCAACAGAAAAUGAAAAUAAAAUUAAUAUUGAUUGUUAUCAAAAAUCAAAAAAUUCAUUAAAAAUUGAGGAAGAAAAAAAUAAUAUGAUUUGUAAUGAAGAAAAUGAUAAUGAUUUUAAUGGUGAUACAUCAUUUCAUGAAGAUGAUAUAAUAAUUUAA